AUUCCUCGGCUCACUUUUGCCGGCCAUCGGGAGGUAGUAUCCAGUCUUUGUUGGAUGCCAAAUCAGUCUGGUGAUACUACCGUAGGCGCUGUUUCUGCCACACAAUUGGUUUCAGCCAGUUGGGACCACUCGCUUCGCCUCUGGGAUGUAGAGACAGGUGCCGAGUUGCGUCUCGUGAUGGCCAAUCAUGCACUGCAAGAGGCACGCGCUGCUCCUCAAGGCAUACUCACUGCUGCAUCCGAUAAUCGGGUUCGCAUUUAUGACCUACGAGCAGACAGUGAGUGA